AUGCUUCAGCGUGCUGGUCAGUUCAUCGCCGCGGAGACUUGGAUGGCUGGGAAGUGGGAGGAGCACAAAAAGCACGGGCACGACACUGAGCAGUGCCGCGAGUUGAAGAGGCAAAUUGAGGAGCUCAUCCUCAAAGGUCACCUCGGCCAAUAUCUCUGGCCGAACAAAGAGCUGUCACCUCGCCCGGAGGGCCCCAUCGAACGACACAUCGAUAUGAUAGCCGGUGGUCCCGCAUCAGGGGGAGGCUCCAUGUCGGGCAGAAAGGCGUAUGCCCGAGCCGCUCCAGACGAAGCCUCGGGACACGAGCCCGAGCCCGAGAUAACCUUCCCGACCGGAGUGUCCGAGCGACCCGACCACGACGAUGCCCUUGUGAUAUCGGCCAGGGUAGCCAACGCGCAGGUGAGAAGGAUCAUGCUCGACACGGGGAGCUCGGCCGAUAUACUUUACUUCGACGCCUUCCAGAAGCUUGGCUUGGUUAGGGAGAAUCUGAGCCCGAUGUGCUCGGCGCUCACCGGUUUCACAGGAGAUUCGAUAUCGCCCCUGGGGGCUAUUACUCUGCCCUGA